UUGCAAUCGGGUGUAAUUGUUGGAGCAAUACUGACACAUUACGUAGUGUUGUGCGUCUAAUGACAGAGGAGUUACCUGUUGGAAUUUCACUGCUGGAUUGAUACGAUACGCUUCACACCCUACGAAGGGUAAGAAACGUUCAAACUAUACUUCAAACAAUGACAAACCACAGCGACAGUCUCCAUACUCCUGACCUCGACCUUCAACUCCGUCUCUAUGACAACCAGUACGCCCAACAAGUAGUGCCCGCCAUCUUGUUCCUGGCCAUUCUGAUGAUUGUCGGAUGUAUUGGGAACGCCCUCGUCUUUUAUGUGUAUCAUGUGAAGAUGAAACGAAACACAACCCGGGUGUAUAUUCUAUCAGUUGCAGCGUUUGAUCUUCUGAACUGUGUUGUGUGUAUACCCAAUGAAAUAGCAGACAUGCGAUAUAACUACACCUUUGGGCGAUAUGCUCUAUGUAAAGUAGUUCGCGUAUUCAUCGUGUUCUCGUCGUUUGGGUCGGGGUUCAUACUGCUUGUUGUAGCAGUAGAUCGUUACAGAAGGGUAUGCAGGCCAUUUCAAAAGCAGAUGAGCACAAGAACUGCCCGGGUAGCUGUAACAAUUUGCACUGUUCUAUCGUUCUUUAUAUCACUACCAGCGUAUGUUAUCUACGGCUCAAGAACUGUGCCUCUAGAUAUCGUCAACAUCAAUGGUUCUGACUGUUCCAUUUCUGAUGAAUGCGAUGCAAUUGCCCAACAAUCGACCAGCCAGGAGGACGCUUCGAACAGCACAGGGCAAGAAAGGAAACCAGAGCACAGUUCUAAAGACAAGACAUGGCUGGGUAUAGACGUAUCUGCCUCCUGUGAUGCUGAGUCGGCGAAUUUCCACACAUCGCCCCGAAGAGACGGAGGUGAACGGAGGACUUUGUUCAUGUUGUUUCUUAUCACUCUCGUGUUUGUGUUGAGCUUUCUGCCACACUUGACUCUGAUGGUGACACUGGCGGUGAACAAAUAUAUCUUUGAAGAAAUCCAAGGGUUUGGAUUGGCUGCGUUCAACCUGUUCAUCAGGUCGUUUUUCAUCAACAGUGCCUCUAAUCCUUUCAUAUACAGCUUCUGUAGCACCAACUUCAGACGCGAACUUGGAGUCGUAAUCUGGAAAUUAAAUUGUCGGGCAACAAAGAACUAGUAAUUCGAGAAAGAAAUAAUCACAGUCGAAUUUCUGCCGAAACAUUCCAUGGUGCUUAAAGUGCAAAAAAAACAUAAUGUGAAUACGGUCAACAACUUGUGUCGAAGUUUGAGGAAUGAGGAAAAUACUUCGAGUUAUCCUAGGUUCAACACAGGAACAAUUCGAAACAAUGUUGUUUCAAUGUAUGUAAUGUUGACAUGUUUACAAACAUAACCGAUCAUUGACAAACCUUCCAAAUGCAAACUUUUCUGUCUGGGGCUCAACCCAAAAAGUACUAGAAUCUGUACUUGACUAAGAAAGUGUAAUCCCAAAUAUAACAUAUGUUACAUUUGAUGACUUU